GGUCGGGUGCCCCGGGUGGAUUGGAGAGGUCUUUUACGUACCAAUGGAAUGGUCUACACACACUCCGCAUACCCGGAGCACUGGGCCUUUUAAAACGAACUAGCCCACUUUAUAAACAACCAAAUUACAGCGCUCAUAGGAUAAAUCGGCUGCCCCGCCCAAAUCUUAAUUAGACUACCCUCCGCCAACUACAGAAACUGGUGUGGAAAGCAGUUCGUUUGGAGUUAAACAACCAUCGGAAAGGGGUCUCAAAAAGACUUUCAGAACACAGCAAGGCAAUUAAAGGAGCGCAGUGUCAUUCUCGUAACCGAAUUGUCCAGGUAACCUCAAUUCUCCGGACAUCAUACAUCUUUGUUUAUAAAUCUGCAGAUAGGUGGAAACUAUCCUAUCAACAUGUUUAAUUCACUCCAUGCGGGUUGGGAGGACAGGGAAGCCACGAUGGUGAAUCUGAAAAACGUAUCUCCUCCAAGUGAAGGAAUACGGUACAAUCAAGGUGAAAUCACCGCUGUUUGGAAUGGCGAAGGGCUUGGACCAGGAACUCUGUACAUUGCAGAAACAUGUGUAUCAUGGUUCGAUGGGUCUGGAAUGGGGUUUAAUUUGAAAUACCCGUCAAUCAGUCUCCAUGCAAUCUCACGCGAUUUUACCGUGUACCCAGGAGAGCACCUGUACGUCAUGGUCAACACCAAACUCAACGGUAACUGUGAGAAGUGUGUGGAGGAAGAGGAUAAUGAGAGUACUGAUGAUGACUGCGACGCUGAUUCCAUAAGUCCUGUUACAGAGAUCCGUUUUGUGCCCAGUGAUAAGGCUACCUUGGAGCCCAUGUUCUCAGCCAUCUCUGAAUGCCAGGCCCUGCACCCUGACCCUGAAGACUCCGACUCUGACUUUGAGGGAGAUGAGUACGACGUUGAAGAAGCUGAACAGGGUCAGAUAGACCUGCCCACAUUUUACAACUUUGAGGAGGGUCUGUCCCAGCUCACCCUGGAGGGCCAGGCCACCCUGGAAAGACUGGAGGGGAUGCUGGCCGACUCUGCAUCCCAGAAACACCACUGCAUGGCCGGGGUAAGACCCGAGGACACCCCAACGGGAUGCUGCAAUGAGUCUGGUGCAGUAGGGGUCUCAGGACAGUUUGAAGACGCCAACGUUGAUCAUUGAUGGAACAGAGAGGCCCUUGUUAGCACCCUCCUGACCGAAAGCAUUUGAAAACGGGGGCAUUAGGGUGGAAUCGAAGUGUGGGGGGGCCUAAAGGUCUGAUUGCGUAACACAGAUGCAGGCAGUGCCAAGGCACUGGGUCUCUGAAUGAGUACAGAUAAAUAAUUUUAAGUCUCACAAGGCUAAUCUCUACUGGCAGAUCACGAUAGGCCUCGAAGUCUGAAGGACUAAAGCAAAUAACUGUCACUUUUUUGUGAAGCGUUUCCAUUUUUGUUACUGAAAGAAAAGAACAGCCAGCAGAUUUAUUUUGAGCUUUUGUAUGUUCAAAUAAUAAAACUUGGUUUUGUAUAAAGCAAGGUGUGUGUGUGUGUGUGUGUGUGUGAGCGCGAGAGUGGAUGAAUGGGUAAUCUGUCAUCCGAAAUGAGCACAGACUUUCAAACAGCAACUUGUAAAUCUUAUCAACCUGCGUGUAACAAGUGAUCAAUUGCAGGAUAAGGAUUUGAGAUGCUGGUGGGAUGUUCAGUUGGCUGCCACAGACCAGCUCUAGAGCCUUAACAACAUUUGUUUGUUGAAAAUACUUUGUUUGCCAACUGGCACCCUGGUUCAGUGGCAUGGUGUGGAUUUCUGUAGGACUGCUUCUCUUCCAGAUGGGUUGGUGCCCACACUGCCCAGCCACUCUACACCCCCCCCCCCCCCCCCACAGUUGAAAGAAAGAGGCAGCUUUGUGUGUGUGGGGGGGGGGGGGGACUGACUACUGACACGCAGAGAAAGAAUGGAUUCAGAGGGAGAGGAUUUAUGCUCAAAUACAGUGGCCGCUCAGCACCCAAACACCAUCCCAGCCCUCUUUGCUCUUUUGAUUUGUUCCUUCUCCAUCAGAAGAGAAAUCGACUUCUCUAGACUUUCUGCACAGUGUGCAUUUUAAUCAGAGGGAAGGCAUUGUUGAAUUAAAAAAUGUAGAAUUACUUAAUGAAAAAUUGCAUUAGGGUACUGGAUCCCAAUGUGUUUUUUUGAUCCUGCUAUGGAAUGUACUGCUAACGGAUAUCGGUUUCCACUAGUUCAAAAAAAUGCAGGAUAAUGUGGAGGCUGCUGAACAACCAGCUAACAAUUGAAACUGUUUUAAAUUCACACUUCAAAAGUGAUUUCACUUAAAAUACUUUUGUCAUCUUCAGGAUCAGAUUCUGAGCUAACAAGUUCUACAGUAAAGGAAGUUGUGCGGUGUUGACUGUUUAUUUAGUUUGUAAUGAUCAAUUAUGGAGAUUGAAUCUCUAAAGCCAACUGUACUGGACGGACACUCCACCCAGUUUACCACCUUCCCCAGAGAUUAAAAUACUAAUUUAUAGGAUAACAUGGUUAUACAAGCCGUUUUCUAGUGGUGAAAAUGCCCAAUAUAAUUUAAGCAAUUUCCUUUAGCAUUACUCCUUAUGGCUGUUGGGACUUUGGGAUAUGUGGUAAUAUUGUGAUGGUGUAUUCUGAGAAUCCCCAUAUCAGAUUUGUUUAAAUCUUUACAAUUUUAUUUUGAACAAACUUUUUUUCCCCCUUUUUUUUAGCAAUUCUUUAACUAAACAAGCUGCUGUUCAGCUAAAGCAAAAACAGUCUUUGUCACAACUACCUACAAGCUGAAAUGUAUUUUAUGUAAGAUUUGAUGUAUCAUUUGCCCAUCUGAGUUGUAGCAGAACACUGAAAAUAGAGGCAGCUCGUAGACCGAAUACUAGGAUAAAAAUCUAGACAUAUCGAGAAAUACAAAGAUGCACAUUUAAAUGCCGCCCUAAUCCUCAUGUCCUUUUAAAAAAAAGUUUAUUUUUGAAUUAUGUAGCACAAUCACCACAGAGCAAGACGGCUCUCUUAAAGAACAAAACAAUCUCCAUGCAUCAUUUAACAAAUGGAAUACUCUUAUUUGGCCUGAGAAGCUACUGAGGUACUGCUGGCCAAACAGCAUUGUAGAAUUCAUUCUACAAUCAACAUGUAUAGAAGUGGAGUAGGGAUUGAGUAGAGGAAUUUUUGUUUUCUGUGACUGUCUAAACUGCCCCCUAUUCACGUGUGUGUGUGUGUGUGUGUGUGUGUGGUGCACUACUUUUGACCAGGGCUUAUAGGGCUGUGGUCAAAAGUAGUGCACUAUAUAUAGGGAAUAGGAUGCCAUUUCAAAGACUCACUGUUAUGUAACUGCAGUAAGGUAAUGCCCGGGUCUGCCUAAACAUUUUGAGUUUGCUCUCUUUCUGCCACAGAGCGAACUGACCUUUGCAGUUAUAAUGCAUUGUUUGACAUGAACAUUUGACCCCUUAAAUGUCUAAUCAUCAUCAACCCUUUAUUUUAGACAAAUUUAUACCUGGAAUGGUACCAUGACUCCACUAAAAUGGGACAGUUGAAUCUUGGUGAAAAACCAGCACACAUGCAAAGAUUAAGGUACUCCAUCGUUUGGAACAAAGUUCAUAUUAAACUUGAGGGGCUGCAAACGCCUGGCUCCAUUUGUGAUGCAGAAUUUCUUUCUACUGAGGUAUGUCACAAUGACUGACGACAUUAGGGAGAGGCCUAAUGCCCAAAUGGAUGUACAGUACCUUGUGAAAGUAUUCACCCCACCCCGGCCAUUUUUCCUAUUUUGUUGCAUUACAAUCUGGAAUUAAGAUUUGUUUGUAUGUUUAUCAUUUGAUUUACACAUGCCUUUUUUAUUAUUUAUUGUGAAACAAACAAGAAAUAAGACUAACAGAACUUGAGCGUGAACUUGAGUCACUGCCCCAAAGGCUUUUUUCUUGCCACUCAUCUCAGCUAAAGUGCUCCUAGGGACAGAUAUUCCAAUCUCUGCUGUGGAGCUUUGCAGCUCCUUCAGGGUUCUCUUUGGUCUCUCUUGUUGCCUCUGAUUAAUGCCCUCCUUGCCUGGUCUGUGAGUUUUGGUGGGAGGCCCUCUUUUGGCAGGUUUGUUGUGGUGCCAUAUUAUUUCCCUUUUUUAAUAAUGAAUUCAAUGGUGCUCUGUGAGAUGUUUUAGAAUAA